AUGGAUUUCAAACAUCCCGAAGAUGACAUACUACCUAACCAAUUGGAUCAUAUCCUUCAGAAUGGCGUGCAUACGCUGAACACCGAGCGUCUUCCAAUCUAUUUGGAAGCUUCGAGGAACUUCAAUGCAUCUUACUUGAGUGAUCUUCAACAAGAAGUCGUUCGCCUUCGUCAAGAAUCAGCUUGGCAUCAGGAGCUAAAGGAAGCCUUCAUAGGUCUGUUUAGGGACGCAAGGGAGGUAUAUCGCCUCCUUCAAAAGGCACUCCUUAAAGCCAGGGUCCAGCAUGGUGGGGAAAAUCCGUUGUCAGAGCUAGUGAAUAACGCACAGGAUGCUGGUUUUCUUCUUCAACAAUGUCUGCAACGAGCAUCCCACAUAUCCUCAGAAUCAGAAAGUCAUCUUCUUGAGGCCCUAGGCAUCUCGUUAGAUGAUACCAAUGCGAGAGACAUUACACUGCUGUAG